GUCCCGCUUCUGAGGGAAGGAAGGACGGCAAGAGGAGCAGGAGGAGGCUGGUGGGGAAGAAGAGGACCUGCCCAGCGAUGCCUUUGUGCCCGCGAGAGGCGAGGAAAGGGCGCCAAAAAGCGGCCGCCCGCCUGGCGGACUGCGGCUAGUUUGCGCCGAAUCCGCCGCCUCUCUUCUCCCCCCCCCCCCGCGCAACUUCCAGGAGCGGAUUAGCAAGAUGAGGACGAUGCCUGAUUGAGCUCCCUGCUGCUGGAAGCCUGGGUGUAUUAUGUCUGCACUGCGAAGGAAAUUUGGGGACGACUACCAGGUAGUGACCACCUCGUCCAGUGGCUCCGGCUUCCACCAGCAGCAGGCGCCGGCGCACAAGAAGAAGCGCCAGCGGUUUGUGGACAAGAAUGGCCGGUGCAACGUUCAGCAUGGCAACCUGGGCAGCGAGACGAGCCGCUACCUGUCGGACCUGUUCACCACCUUGGUGGACCUCAAGUGGCGCUGGAACCUCUUCAUCUUCAUCCUCACCUACACGGUGGCCUGGCUUUUCAUGGCCUCCAUGUGGUGGGUCAUUGCCUACAUGCGAGGUGACUUGAACAAAGCCCAUGACGAGAAGUACACUCCUUGCGUGGCCAACGUCUACAACUUCCCCUCCGCCUUCCUCUUCUUCAUAGAGACAGAGGCCACCAUUGGUUAUGGCUACCGAUACAUUACGGACAAAUGUCCGGAGGGCAUCAUCCUUUUCCUGUUCCAGUCCAUCCUGGGUUCCAUUGUGGAUGCAUUUCUCAUUGGCUGCAUGUUCAUCAAGAUGUCCCAACCUAAGAAAAGGGCAGAGACGCUGAUGUUCAGCGAACAUGCUGCCAUCUCCAUGAGAGAUGGCAAGCUCACCCUCAUGUUCAGGGUGGGCAACCUCCGCAACAGCCACAUGGUCUCUGCACAGAUCCGCUGCAAACUCCUCAAAUCUCGGCAAACGCCUGAGGGUGAAUUUCUCCCCCUCGAUCAACUUGAACUGGAUGUAGGUUUUAGCACAGGGGCAGACCAACUUUUUCUUGUUUCGCCACUUACAAUCUGCCAUGUGAUAGAUUCCAAAAGCCCCUUCUAUGACCUUUCUCAACGAAGCAUGCAGACGGAACAAUUUGAGAUUGUUGUCAUCCUAGAGGGCAUCGUGGAAACAACUGGGAUGACUUGUCAGGCCAGAACAUCCUACACAGAAGAUGAAGUUCUUUGGGGCCAUCGUUUCUUCCCUGUUAUUUCCUUAGAGGAAGGAUUCUUCAAAGUAGACUAUUCCCAGUUCCAUGCAACGUUUGAAGUCCCUACAGCACCUUACAGUGUGAAAGAACAGGAAGAAAUGCUCCUUAUGUCCUCCCCAUUAAUAGCACCAGCUGUAAGUAACAGUAAAGAAAGGAAUAAUUCUGUAGAAUGUCUAGACGGCAUAGAUGACAUUGGUACAAAGCUACCGUCAAAACUGCAGAAAAUGACUGGAAGGGAUGACUUUCCUAAAAAACUGCUGAGGAUGAGUUCUACCACUUCAGAAAAAGCCUACAGCAUGGGGGACCUACCUUUGAAACUCCAGCGAAUAAGUUCUGUCCCCGGCAACUCAGAAGAGAAACUGGUAUCUAAAACCACAAAAAUGUUGUCGGAUCCUAUGAGCCAGUCUAUGGCAGACUUGCCACCGAAACUUCAAAGAUUAUCUGGAGGAGGAGGUAGAAUGGAAGGAAACCUCCCCCCAAAACUGAGGAAAAUGAAUUCUGAUCGGUUUACAUAACAUGAACAGACAUAUUAGGUAUUAUUUGAAGUUUGAAUCGCCAUUCAAUCCAAUUGAGCAGGAAAGCAAACACAUUGAAAAUUGCAUUUGAUGACUGGUUUUCCUUAAGAGUUACAUGCACUCUGGGACAACUGUAUUCCCCCAAAUUAAGGACUCUUGUUGAAUUCUACAAUAAAAUACAUGAACUUCAGUAUAGGACCAUAUGAAAGCUAACAAGCUAAUAUUAAUCGGCAUGUAGUACACCACAAGCAUGCAAUAAUAGUGUGCAAAUUUUGCAUAUAGUUUUAUGGCAUGGUUCUUACUAUAUUUAUACUGUAUAUUAUUGGGGGGGUGUAAAUGGGGUGUUAUUCUCCUAUAUUUCUUAAGCGUUAAGUAGUAGAUAAAACAUCCAAGUGGGUUACUAACAGGGCAGGUUAUACAUUUGUUUAUAAUGGGCACAAUCCAGCCAAAGUUAAACAUUUUAGGUGUGAUCCAUCUGCCCAUUGCAGCCUUCCCAGCCUCUCAGCAAGUGGAGAGGUCAUCUGCUGCCAAGCCUCCAUCCCUCUCUAUCCCCCACCCCCUGUAAGUGGAGAACUAUGCAGAAGUGCACAUAAAGGACACUUUGGAGCAGUCUCAUUCUUAAAAUUUAAGUAAGAGCUUAGAUGGCUUCUAUUUCCAUCAAUGGAAAUUAUAAAUGUUUCAUGUUGGCUGAAUUGUGCCCAGUACCUUUUUAUUCUCCUGAUGUAAACUGUGAUGUUUUGUUCAGACAGUUACAGUGCAUGAUUCUUUGUUAGAUUCAGACUAUCAGUAUUAGGAAUAAUGAACACCAAUACUUUUAGACUUAAUCUCCUAACUUUAUUGUUUACUUUUAACAGUUUCCUCCACUUCUUUGGGAGGGAGAGCUACAGAGAUCCCUGAACCUGUGCUUUAUAU